AUGGAAGCUAUUAAGAAGCCAUUGUUGUUGGUCAUAAUUGCUUUCAUCACCUUGUCCUUCUCUCCAACUCAUGCAAGGCUAUCUCCCAAUGAUAUGAAUUUGGGCAAGCUUGAUGAUAAACACAAGUCUACCUCUCCGGGUCCGAGCCCUAGUGAACUUUCGGGUAUGAAUUCCGAAACAAUGUUGUAUAAGCCAACCCCUAAUCCUCAACCAGAGCCAAGUUACCUUACCUCUCCGGAUCCGAACCCUGCCGAACUUUCUGAUAAAAAUUUCAAAACAGUGUUCUAUAACCCAACACCAAAUCCUCCACCAGAGUCAAGUCAUCUUACUCCGCAUCCGAGCCCUAGUGAACAUCCCAGUAUGAAUUUCGAGUCAAAGUUGUAUAAGUCAACACCUAAUCUUCAACUAGAGCCAAUUUACUUUACUCUGCAUCCGAGCCCUAAAAAACUUCCCGGUACGAAUUUCGAGACAUUGUAUAAACCAACACCUAAUCCUCAACCAGAGGCAAGUGAACUUUCUGAUAUGAAUGUCAAAAGAAAGUUGUUUAAGCCAACACCUAAUCCUCAACUAGAGCCAAGUUACCUUAAUAUGCAAGCCCAAGUGUACGUCGUAGCAACUGUGCAAUUGAACCCACUUCAAGCUCAACCAAUUCAACCUACUUCAAGCUCAAGCCUCAAUGAACUUCUUGUUCCUACAUCAGACCCAAGCGACCGAGUAGCAGUGGUUGAAGUUUAUGAAUUUUAA